AUGGGGUCACAAGAUGGGGAUACGCAGAUGGCUGAUGCCGAAGACCCUUACUACCCGAUCGAAGACUGUCUCGACCGGCUCUCAGAAGCCGUCAAGCUCACAUCGCGAUCCCGAACGCUCAAGUCUGAACCAUAUGCUGAAUCCCUCGCUGCCCAAGCCCUCUCGUCCGGCCUCACUCUCCCGCAACUAACGCGCCUUAUUCCCCUUCUCCUUAUUCCCCAACCCAACUGUCUUCCUCACUCCACGAUCAAUAUCCUCUUCACCAACCUCUUUCCCCUCUCACCCCUCCCCACCUCUCUCAUCCUCCCCGCCCUCUCCGCUCUCGGUCCCUCUCCCACCAAACCCCCCCUCCCUACCCAAAUCUCCAUCCUCCUCUGGCUCCUCAACCUCACCGCCGUACCGUCCGCCUUCGAGGAACCACGGAUUCUAUCUCGCGUCUACGGUCUGCUCUUCUCCCUCCUCGACGUCGGUGCCCUGCGCCCGGCGCUCUGUGCGCUGCUCGCGCGGAUCACCCGCCGCGCGCAUGUGCGCCCGUAUCGGAUCCAGAUGUUGCUGGAGCUGUGUCGCGGGGCGGGUGAUACAGCGCCGCUGGUCGGGCUGCUUGGGGUAUUCAAAGAGUUUUAUCCGGAGGUCAUUGUGAGCGUCGGUGUAGCUCAAGGGAGGCGGACGAGGUUGAAAGGGCCCGAUUGGGAGUUAGUAGGGCGGUUGAAGGAGAUUCAGGGAAGGGCGAGGGACUUGGUGGCGGAUGCGCCGGGAGGAGGGUUCUCUGUGCAGCGGGGGAAAAGGAGAGGGAGGAGAGGGGUUGUCCCGGAAGUGCGGACGGCAUACGCGAGUGAGGAAUCGGUCACCCUGGAGGAGAUUGAUUCCGUCGAGCGGUUUGUGGAGGUCUACGAGAAGGUGGAGCCGCCAUCGCAGAUGGCGUCUGCGUUGCGAGAUCCCUUAUUACAGCACUACCUCACCCUUCAUCCGUCCGACGAUUUAAGAAAGCGGUUGCAGUUCUGGUUGGCGCAGGUCUUUGACGACGAGCUAAGAAAUUUGAGGGAAGGGGGUGAAGAUGAUGGCCAUUUGCGAGAAGUGUUGGCGGGCUUAGCAGACUUUCACUAUCGAACUAAGGAGCCACUGUCGCCGCUUGCUCAAACCUUCGUCAAACAGUACCUCGACGACUGCGUUGCGGAGGAAGAUCCGAACCUAUCGUCGCUGAUGGCUAUCUUGCCCUAUCUCCCACUUCACGACCUCACAGCGCCCUAUGAAGCGUACUUCUCCCGCAUAAACGUUGUCCGGGCUCGGAUCCCUCCCGACAAGCUUCACUCUUUAAUAUGCUCGCCGCUAAUUUCUCUUCUGUGGAACUGGGCUCAAGAAGAGAAAUUGUGUAGCCACUCUUCUUUGGGGACUGGUAUGCUACGCUUUCAAAUUGAAAGCAUCUACUCUUUCGUCGAGCAGAUCACCCGAUCCUGCCCACUUUCUUGCGGUCAUCCUCAAUCAGAUCUCUCCAUACCUUCUCUACCCCAUAUCUACCGGAUCAUUCCAGACCUCUUUUCCCCAUCUUUAUUUCCGCUUCCUCUGAUGCCGGCACACAUCGUGUCUCCAUUACUUGCCUCUCCACAUCUUCCCUCUCUUAAUCUGGGGACCGCUGUCCUUGCAUCGUAUAAACCACCGCUUGAAAUGCUCAUCCGUUCAUCAUCCCGCAACGCACCGUCAGCAACCACGACACAAACAUUCAAUUCACAUAUCCUCGAUUCCGUGAACUUACUAUGGCGAAACCGCGCCUUCGACACUAGCCAUGGCGGAUAUGCGUUCGGAUUAAGCCCCGAGUAUGUUGCUGCUCUGAAGAGAUGGUGGUCUACACAGGGAUUCGGCCUAGAUCUCAAGGAGUUCGGAAAUGUGGCGAAUCAUUUGGCGCUUAUUUCACUGGCCAAAGAAGCGUGGGAAGAGUUUGGCCGAAACAUGGGGAAGCAGGAUGUCUUUUCCACGUUGAAAAUGCCGGUUUCCCAGCGGUCUCUGGAGGAGUGGACGAAGAGUACAGGGGAAGAAAUGACUUGGAGAGAAUUUAGGGUGGUCGUUGUGGAGUGGCUCAGCAAGCAUGGGGUUGAAGGGGUUGGGCGUUUGAUGCAGGUUGCCAUGAAGGAAGGAAAGGGUAGCGGAGCAGGCUAG